CAUGUGUGUGUGAGCUGCCACUCUUUGUCCCCAGCCCACGAUUUCAGAACUGGCUGGACUCAAGGAGGUGAAGUGUCACUUCUCAGCCCCUGGCCAGGCAAAUAAGAGAGACAAAAUCAGCCUUUCUGCUCCCCACUCAGGUCAGCAAGAUCUCUGAGAAUCUUCUGUCCUCUCUCUUACACGUAGUAUUUUCGGGAACAAGAAACAAAACUUUUCCCAAAUGAAGAGAACUCAUCUGUUUGUCGUGGGGGUCUAUCUGCUGUCCUGUUGCAGGGCAGAAGAGGGGCUUAACUUCCCCACGUAUGAUGGGAAGGACCGAGUGGUAAGUCUUUCUGAGAAGAACUUCAAGCAGGUUUUGAAGAAAUAUGACCUGCUCUGCCUGUACUACCACGAGCCAGUGUCUUCAGAUAAAGUCGCGCAAAAGCAGUUUCAGCUGAAAGAAAUCGUCCUCGAGCUUGUGGCCCAAAUCCUGGAACAUAAAGAUAUAGGCUUUGCCAUGGUGGAUUCCAAGAAAGAAGCCAGGCUUGCCAAGAAACUGGGUUUUAAUGAAGAAGGAAGCCUGUAUAUCCUUAAGGGCGACCGCACAGUUGAGUUUGACGGCGAGUUUGCAGCUGACGUUCUAGUGGAGUUUCUCCUGGAUCUAAUUGAAGACCCCGUGGAGAUUAUUAACACCAAACUAGAAGUCCAAGCCUUUGAACGCAUUGAGGACCAGAUUAAGCUUAUCGGCUUUUUCAAGAGUGAGGACUCUGAAUAUUACAAGGCUUUUGAAGAAGCAUCUGAACACUUCCAGCCUUACAUCAAAUUUUUUGCCACCUUUGACAAAGGGGUGGCAAAGAAACUGUCCUUGAAGAUGAAUGAGGUUGACUUCUAUGAGCCGUUUAUGGACGAGCCCGUUGCCAUCCCUGACAAGCCUCACACAGAAGAGGAGAUCGUGGAGUUUGUGAAGGAGCACCAAAGACCUACUCUACGUCGCCUACGCCCAGAAGAUAUGUUUGAAACAUGGGAAGAUGAUAUGAAUGGGAUCCACAUUGUGGCGUUUGCAGAGAAGAGUGACCCAGAUGGCUACGAGUUCCUGGAGAUCCUGAAACAGGUGGCCCGGGACAACACGGACAACCCUGACCUGAGCGUCCUGUGGAUUGACCCUGAUGACUUUCCUCUGCUUGUUGCCUAUUGGGAGAAGACCUUCAAGAUUGACCUAUUCCGUCCACAGAUUGGAGUGGUGAAUGUGACAGAUGCUGACAGCAUCUGGAUGGACAUUCCUGAUGAUGAUGACCUGCCUACAGCGGAGGAGCUGGAAGACUGGAUUGAGGAUGUACUUUCUGGAAAGAUAAACACCGAAGACGAUGACAAUGGAGAUGAAGAUGAUGACGAUGACGACGACGACGACGACGACAAUUCUGAUGAAGACGAUAAUGAUGACAGUGAUGAUGAGGAUGAAUAGGCCCACGUCCAACGAUUCUGAUGAGAACAAACUCAAAGCUACCCACUACCAUACAGAUAAUCGCACAAGGAGGCAGCAAGCGGCCCUGCCCCACGCCCAGCCAGCUCCCGUCCCUCUUCCAUCAUCUCUUUCCCGUCUCCCUUCUCACCCAAGCCCUACCAUUCAGAAAUGCCUCUCCAAAUCCAGCAAUAUCCCCCCAGCAGGGACAGGAGGCGAAUUAUUCCCACAUAGACUGUCUUGGCUGCCACAGAACAGCUCUUAUUCUUUGCCAUAGCAUAAGGGGUCAUGACAGUGCUGGAAUCUGGCAGCCUGGGGAGAACAAUCCCCUAACACAAGUUUACUUGUUGUCUUUGGCUAUGACAGUAACAGAAUUGACAGCUUGCUAACUCACAAGCAUGGGGGGAGCUCAUGACCAGAGCCCCCAGGGAAGACACAUGAGUCAUCCGUUUAGCCAUACUUAGAACAUCAGCUGGGAUCUCUCUUAGGGAAGGCUCAGCCUUGGAGACAAAUUUAUAAAUCAGCUUCUCUAGGCUCUAUUAAAAUUAUGAUUGCAAAUGUGGGUCAAACCAUUAAGAACUCAGAUCUAAGCCUUGAAUGGCUACCCAGCAGCUUUCAAACAUGUGUACAGAUGCCACCCUUGUUUCUACUAUAUCGGGAUACUGGAUGGGAGGUUAAUUUGCUCUACAAACUUCUUUCUAGGUCACAAGUCUCACAUAAUUCACCAGUGACAGUGGUGGGGGAGGAGUGCAUUGAGAGGUGAGAAACCGGAAGGAUUAAGGGUUUAAUAUUUUUCUGAUGGGUUCAUGUACCUAUUGGGUUAGCUGGCUUCCUGGCGUAGGCUGGGUUCUGAAUAACCCCUCUCUGUCAUUGCUAGGGAGACUUCCCGCUUAGAGUAAAGGCUGCUUUCUCCAACAGUCAAUUAACUCUCCAUUUAUCAACACUCCCACAGUUGACCAGGGAAACUAUAAUUGGAGUUCAUAAUGAUCCCCUGAAGCACUGAA